UGAGCUUAUGUCACGCACAUAUCAAAAUGGCAAAAUACUCCACAUUUCUCCUCUUCCUCUUCUUCCUCCUUAACUCUCUCCCAUAUUUCCAUGCAUCGCCGGAAUAUUCCCGUCCUGGUACCCGUCCCACCAUCUUCACCGGUCUUACCCGGCCCAAAUCCGAGCCCGAACAGGUACAUAUUUCUUUAGUAGGGAAAGAUCACAUGAGAGUAACAUGGAUAACAUCUAAUAAACAUGCAAAAUCCAUGGUGGAAUACGGCACAUCGCCGGGAAAUUAUGAUAAGUCGCCGGUAACCGGAGAACGUAAGUCGUACCGUUACUUUCUCUACAAAUCCGGCGAGAUUCAUCAUGUUACAAUUGGGCCAUUGAGCCCAAAUUUAACGUAUUACUACAGAUGUGGUGGAAGUGGACCAGAGUUUAGCUUUAAAACGCCACCUUCAACUUUUCCCAUUGAGUUUGCGGUGGUAGGGGACUUGGGUCAAACAGAAUGGACAGUCUCAACUUUAGAACAUGUAGGUGCAAAAGACUAUGAUGUACUUUUGUUGCCUGGAGAUUUAUCCUAUGCUGAUACUCAACAGCCACUUUGGGACUCAUUUGGUAGAUUGGUUGAGCCUUAUGCAAGCAAAAGGCCUUGGAUGGUGACACAUGGCAAUCACGAAAUCGAAAUCUUCCCAAUAAUUCAUCGUUUUGGUUUCAAAGCUUACAAUGCUAGAUGGUUAAUGCCUUACCAACAAAGUGGUUCCACGUCAAACCUGUACUAUUCUUUCGACGUGGCGGGGUGCCACGUCGUCAUGUUGGGAUCGUACGCGGAUUUUGAUGUCCAAUCGGAUCAAUACACGUGGCUAAAAGCUGACCUGGCGAAAGUUGAUAGGGUAGUGACACCAUGGAUUUUCGCGCUCAUCCACGCGCCAUGGUACAACUCUAAUUUAGCUCAUAAAGGGGAAGGUGAAAGUAUGAGGAAAUCAAUGGAAGAAUUGUUGUACAAAGCUCGAGUAGAUGUUGUCUUUGCAGGGCAUGUUCAUGCUUAUGAACGUUUUACAAGAGUUUACAAUAACAAGGCAGAUCCAUGUGGUCCAAUUUACGUGACAAUUGGAGAUGGAGGAAACAGGGAAGGGCUUGCUACCCUCUUUGAAAAACCUAGCCCAUCAAUCUCAAUGUUUAGAGAGGCAAGCUUUGGACAUGGCAGAUUGAAGAUACACAAUGAGACACAUGCACAUUGGUCAUGGCACAGGAACAAUGAAACUAACACAGCCAUGGCUGAUGAAUUAUGGCUUCAAAGUUUUGCUUCCUCUAAAUCAUGCUUGCCAGAGACUAAAUUUCAAGAAAUGAAGAUACUGAUGUUGAAGUGGGAGUGUGUCACUUGGAAAUGCCAAGAAAGGAUUGGCAAGACACUCUUACAUGCAAUUGGGAAUGUGUACAAUGUAAAUGGCUUGAAGUACAGUCUGUUGAGUGUGUCUAAAAUUUGUGACCAAGGAAAUGAAGUCAAGGUCUUGUCCUUCUCGUGCACUGUCACCAAUCUCAAAACUGGUGAAGUGGUGUUGAUAGCAGAAAGGUUCAAGAACAUCUAUGUAGUAGAUUUUGAGUCAUUAAAUGGUGGAGAUUUGACGUGUCUUGGUGCUAUGGAUGAUGAUGAUGAACUAUGGCAUAGACGGUUGGGACAUGUGAAACUUGGAAAUCACUUUGUGAGCAUUCGAUCUGAUCAUGGCACAAAGUUUGAAAAUGCUAAGUUCGAUGAAUUUUGUGCUGAAAAUGGUAUAAACAAUAACUUAGCUGCUCGUAGAACACCUCAGCAAAAUGGAGUUGUGGAGAGAAUAUAG